AUUUGCUGGCAUUUUUCUUGUUUCUUUUAUUCUAGAGAUACCCAUUUCUUGACUCUACUGUACUCUUGUCCCAGCAUCUCGAGCAUUACACACACACGCACAACGCCCACCAUGUCGGGCCAAUUCUUCAUCGAGAACAAGCUCGUCGGCCAGAAGAACGAAGCCGAAGACUGGCGCAUUAAGGGCUACAACCCUCUCACGCCGCCCGACCUCCUCCAGCACGAGAUCUCCCAGACGCCCGAGUCGCGCGCCACCGUCCUCCAGGGCCGUGAUGAGGCCGUCGCCGUCGUCAACGACAAGGACCCCAAGCACCGUCUCCUCGUCGUCGUAGGGCCAUGCUCGAUCCACGAUCCCGAAGCCGCCCUCGCCUACUGCGACCUGCUGCUCAAGGCCAAGGAGAAGCACAAGGAUGAGCUCGUCAUUGUCAUGCGCAGCUACCUCGAGAAGCCGCGCACAACUGUCGGCUGGAAGGGCCUGAUUAACGACCCCGACAUUGACGGUAGCUUCCAGAUCAACAAGGGGCUGCGUCUGUCGCGGCAGUUGUUUGUCAACCUGACGCACAAGGGCAUGCCCAUUGCUAGCGAGAUGCUCGACACCAUCUCACCGCAGUUCCUGGCCGAUCUGCUCUCUGUGGGUGCCAUUGGCGCCCGUACCACCGAGUCACAGCUACACCGUGAGCUAGCCUCGGGUCUCUCCUACCCGGUCGGCUUCAAGAACGGCACCGACGGGUCGCUGGGCGUGGCCAUUGACGCCAUUGGCGCCGUGCAGCACCCUCACCACUUCCUGUCCGUCACGAAGCCCGGUGUCGUGGCGAUUGUGGGCACGGUGGGCAACGAGGACUGCUUCGUCAUCCUGCGCGGAGGGACCAAGGGCACCAACUACGAUGCGGACAGCAUCGCCGAGGCCAAGGCGGCCCUGGAGAAGAAGGGCGUGCGCCAGAGGCUCAUGGUCGAUUGCUCGCACGGCAACUCGCUCAAGAACCACAAGAACCAGCCCAAGGUCGCGGCCUGCCUGGCCGAGCAGAUUGCCAAGGGCGAGAACGCCAUCAUGGGUGUGAUGAUUGAGAGCAACAUCAACGAGGGUAGCCAAAAGGUGCCCGAGGAGGGCAAGGCUGGCCUCAAGUACGGCGUCAGCAUCACCGACGCGUGCAUCCACUGGGAGGAGACCGAGAGCGUGCUCCAGAACUUGGCGGAUGCUGUCAAGUCGAGGCGGGACAUUCUGGACGGCGCAAAUGGACAUGCUUGAAACAAAAAGGACAAGAUGGUGAUUUCCGGGGUUUGAUAGAAAACGGCAUGAUUGAAUGAUAUCUCUCUUCUUGUUCAGCAGACCCUUCUACGAGCGUCUCAGUCAAGAGUCUCGUCACUGUGAAUCUUCAAUUUCCAACAUGUGUGUGCCUCGUAGGACUGGAUCUUGUCGACUACUUGGUAGCGAGGCGAUGUAAUACCAAAUUCUCGUUUUCGUGACGCCCGCCGAAAUGACGCGUCCAGCGAUUUUUAGAUCAGGCGGUCCCGGCCAUGCGAGAUUCGGUCUCAAUUAUUAGUUCACAGA